ACUUAUCAUUCAUUUCACUUGUUGACAAUAUAACGGUGGCGGUGGUGUCGGAUUGAAUGUUUCGCUGACCGUGGCUCAGGUACCAAACACUGAUGAUCCUGAUCUUCCUGUGGAUACUCUCCGAGCUUGGACCAUCGGUUUCAUCACUUGUACAAUCGUUGCUGCCAUGAACCUUCUUAUGGGUCAACACAUCACCGGUCUGAUCAUUCCGAGCGCAGUCGUCCAAUUGAUCGCUUACCCCAUGGGAAAGGGAUGGGCUGCCGCUAUGCCCCAUAUUCACAUCUUCGGCAUUCCUCUGAACCCUGGGCCUUUCAACAAGAAGGAGCACACCAUCAUCACUAUGAUGACUGCAGCUGGUGCUUCAACGAGUUACGCUUUCGAUAUCCUGCUUGCACAACAACAGUUUUAUGGACAGAAGUGGGGCUGGGGUUUUCAGAUCCUGCUAACCAUCUCUACCCAGGCAUUAGGCUUUGGUAUGGCUGGUAUGCUUCGUCGCUUCUUGGUCUGGCCGGCUGCUAUGAUUUGGCCCAGCACACUCAUUACUACCACUGUUAUGGACAGUUUGCACGACCACCGUCCGACCGAUCCGAGCCAAGCCAAUGGCUGGUCAAUCGGUCGGUAUAGGUUUUUCAUCAUCGUCGCUGCUGCUUGUUUCGGUUGGCACUGGGUUCCUUUCGUCAUUGCUCCCUUCUUGUCCUACCUGGGCAACUUCCCGACAUGGGCCGCCCCAAACAACCUUGCCGUAAAUCAGGUGUUCGGAGGUCUCCACGGUCUUGGAAUCAUGCCAAUAACUCUCGACUGGACCGUUGUCACCGGCUUUUUCCUCAGCCCCCUCAUGUAUCCCUCAUUCGCCUUGAUCAACAUGGGUGUAGGUGGUCUGUUGUUCCUGCUUGGCAUCGUAGGUCUGGGGUUUGCUGCCCAAGACUACAUGAAGUAUUUGCCUUUGCUUGCGAACACCAAUUUUGACCAUUUCGGCGAAAAGUACAACACUACGCGUAUCCUCACAGCUGAUCUGACGCUUGAUGUCGCCGCAUAUGAGGCUUACUCGCCUUUAUUCGUCGGUCCAGCUUUCGCUCUCGCCUAUGGUCUCGGUUUUGCUACUUUGAUUUCGACUUUGGUCCAUGUCGGUCUAUUUUACGGCAAAGAUAUUUGGCACCGCACCAAGAAUGCGAGGUACGAGGAGCCUGAUGUUCAUUUGAAGCUGAUCCGCAACUAUCGUGAGGCCCCUGAAUGGUGGUUCCUCACUGUCUUUGUCAUUAGUUUCGUGUUCGGUCUUGUCGCUGCCGUGUGCUGGGACACUCACUUGCCAUGGUGGGCUUACAUCGUCACUAUUAUUAUUGGAGCAUUCUUUGUUUUACCUGUCGGCAUUAUACAAGCUGUCACCAAUUCCCAGACAGGUUUGAACGUUAUCACUGAAAUGAUCGUCGGUUACAUGCUUCCUGGGAGACCCGUCGCAAUGAUGCUGUUCAAGAGUUUUGGAUACAUGUUUGCCUACAACUGUCUUCAGUAUGUUUCCGACUUGAAGGUCGGACAUUAUAUGAAGGUGCCUCCUCGGUCCAUGUUCCGUGCCCAGCUUUUUGCCGUCAUCUGGCUAUCUCUUGUUCAGGUUGCCACAUUCAAUUGGAUGUUGGGUGCCCUUCCCGCUGUGUGCACUGAGGACCAGCCCCAAGGUUUCACGUGUGCCGGUGCACGCACUUUCUUCAACGCUUCAGUCAUCUGGGGUCUAAUUGGUCCCAAGCGCAUGUUUGGUGCUGGUGCACUCUACUCCUGGUGUAACUGGUUCUGGCUCGUUGGCGCAGCUCUCCCAGCCAUCCAGUACGUUAUCGCUCGCAAGUAUCCCAAGAGCCCUGCCAAGUACAUCUUCUUCCCAGCUUUGUUCGGUAUCUCCGGCAUGAUUCCCCCGGCUACUCUCUUUGCACUUCUGUGCUGGUUGACCGUUGGUUUGACCUUCAAUGUCGUCGUGAAGCGAAAGUAUUUUGGCUGGUGGAAACGUUACACCUACGUCUUUUCUGGAGCCAUGGACAUCGGUGCUGCGUGCUGCUUGGUUCUGUACGCUGUUAGCAUUGGCAUUUCGGAAGCCUCCUUCCCUUCAUGGUGGGGUAACACGGGAUGGGCUGAUAAUUUGGAUCAGAAUGGUUUAACCAUGUCCAAGACGCUGCCCGACGAUGGUUCAUUUUUCGGCCCUACGACUUGGCGUUAAACCACUUAGACGCGUUACAUGUUUGGCUUCGAAUAAUACCCUACGAAGCUUAAUCAUGCGUAACUAUAUUCAUGAGUCAUGAGGAUAAAAAGAGGAACGAAAUGGUUCAAUGAGGUCUGCGUACGCGUACGAACGGUCGUGGUAUAUACAAUAAAUUAAUGUACAUUCAUUCACAAGAUUCUUUUUCAUCUAACUUGCGCAGCUCAACA